UCUGACGGUUAAAAAACUGUUUUCUACAUAUUUAUGCAAUUGAGUAAUUGAAUAUUAUUUUGAAGACAGGUGUACUUAUAGUUAAAAAUUAUAAUUUAUUCAAGUAUAAAAUAUUUAAUAUUACUUAAUGUAAAUACUUUAUAGUAUGAUAAUUAAAGUAUAACGUUUUAUUAUUGGUGAAGAUUUGAUAUUUAGAUAUUCAAUUUUUUCAUAAUAUAUGGUCAAUAUGAUUGGGGAAUCAAGAUCAGAAUUUAGACUUAAGAAUCCGCCAGAAGAUGGAAUAUCAUCUGUGAAAUUUGGACCUAGUUCUUCUCAGUUUUUAUUAGUUUCAUCUUGGGAUUGUUCUGUUAGACUUUAUGAUGUUCAGGCAAACAGUAUGCGUACUAAAUAUACUCAUGAUCGACCAGUGUUAGAUGUUAGCUUUCAGGAUGCUGUUCAUUCUUUUAGUGGUGGUUUGGAUAACAAGUUAAAGAUGUAUGAUUUGAACAGUAAUUCUGAGAGUGUCUUAGGUUCACAUGAUAAUGCGGUUCGUUGUGUUGAAUAUUCCAAUGAAGUAAAUGUAGUUUUAUCUGGUGGUUGGGAUGGCAAUGUUAAAAUGUGGGAUACUAGAUCAUCUCAAUGUGUAGGAACUCUACCACAACCUGACAAAGUCUUUACCAUGAGUAAUGUUGGUGAAAAACUUGUGGUAGGCACAGCGGGGCGUAAAGUAUUUGUUUGGGAUUUACGAAAUACUGCAUAUAUAAUGCAAAGGAGAGAAUCAAAUUUGAAAUUUCAGACAAGGUGCAUACGUUGCUCGCCAAAUAAACAAGGUUAUGUUUUAAGUAGUAUUGAAGGACGUGUAGCUGUUGAAUAUUUUGAUACAGCUCCUGAAAUUCAGAAAAAAAAAUAUGCUUUUAAAUGUCACAGAAUAAAAGAUAAUGAUAUUGAAUGUAUUUAUCCAGUUAAUGCUAUCAGUUUUCAUCAAGGAUUUAAUACAUUUGCUACUGGUGGAUCUGAUGGAUAUGUAAAUAUUUGGGAUGGUUUUAAUAAAAAAAGAUUGUGCCAAUUCCAUCGUUACAAUACAGGAAUUACAUCUCUGUGUUUCAGUCAUGAUGGUUCUUCUUUGGCUAUUGGCAGUUCUUAUAUGUAUGAACAAGAUGUACAUCCAGAUCCAAUACCAGAAAAUAAUGUUUAUAUUAGAUAUGUUACUGAUCAAGAAACUAAACCAAAAUAAAAACAUGUUAUUUUAAAA